AUGAGAAGAAAAGGAGCAUCAGAGAAGUAUGUGAGAGUGAUCCAGGACAUGUACGAAGGCUCAAGGACGAGGGUAAGGAGCAGUGUGGGAGCAACAGAGGAGUUCUGUGUGAGAGUGGGCCUGCACCAGGGAUCUUCUCUGAGCCCAUAUCUGUUCAACCUACUCAUGGAUGACAGUAUUCAAAAUAUAAAGGAGGAGGCACCGUGGACUAUGUUGUUCGCGGAUGACAUCGUCUUGGUGGAUGAAAGUAGAGAUGGUGUGGAGAGAAAGUUGGAGAGAUGGCGACGAGCAUUGGAGGAGAGAGCGGACGGCAACCUGGAUGGAGAGAUCAUUCACCGUAUCCAAUCGGGCUGGAAGAAUUGGAAAAGAACAACUGGAGUGCUCUGUGACCGAAAAAUUAGUGCAAGAAGUGGGUGGAUUGUCCUACGUGAGGGCGGUUCUACCAAGACAACUUUCUCGCCGCACUCCCGUGUAGAUAAGAAGCUUGCAACAGAGAUGGAAGUAAGGAGGUUAAAAGCAGUGGAAGCAGAAAAAGUGCUGGCCCAUGAUUUAGAGAAGAUGCGAGUUGAGGCUACCAUUCCUCGCCCUCCUUCCCGUGGCGGAGAGGGAGAAGUAACUGCUGAGAGCCAAAUAGUACGUAGCCUCAAGUUAAUCCCUGACUUCGAUGAGAGCAGGGUUACUGAGUAG